CAGAUUAAUCAGCUGGUUUUCAGCUUGGCAACACUGUUGACUGCUGAUCGAAGGAAGUGAAGUUUUUUUGACGAAUACCGGUAAAAUUUCUUUCCUGGCAGUUGCUCUUGUAAGAAAGAUCACGUUUUUGCAAGUGCUAUCUGAACAACUCCUUUGUCCUUACUUGGUUAAAGAACAAUGGCAACUGAAAAUGAACAAGCAGGAGACCACCCAGAUGACGUUGAAUCAGUCGAGGAGGAAGAGAUUUGCAAGAUGCUCAAAUUCCCAAACAUCAUGUCAACUCUUCAAACUCAACGUAUUGAGGAAAUGCUAGCUGCUCUCCCAAUGUCUGUAAAACGUCGACUCAAGGCACUUAAAAGAAUCCAGUUAGAUUACACCAAUUUGGAAGUUGAAUUUUUCAAAGAGGUACAUGCCCUCGAAUGCAAAUAUCAUAAACUUUAUGAGCCACUAUAUGAAAAACGUGAAAAGAUUGUUACUGGAAAGUAUGAACCGACAGAACCUGAAUGCGAAUGGCAAUCCGAUGAUGAAGACAUUGCAAAUGAUUUGAAAGAAAAGGCCACUAUUGAAAAUAAAAAUGAAGGUGCUGAUAUUAAAGGCAUACCCGAGUUUUGGUUAACCAUACUCAAGAAUUGCAGAAUUUUAGCUGAAAUGGUGCAACCUCAUGAUGAACCUAUAUUGAAGCAUUUGAUUGACAUUAAAUCCAUAUGUGAAGUAGAUCCUAUGAUCUUCACUUUAGAAUUUCAUUUUUCACCGAAUGAGUAUUUCACCAAUUCAGUUCUUGAGAAAAAGUAUUUCUUGAAAUGUGUGCCUGAGAAAGAUGAGCCAUUUGAAUUUGAAGGUCCUGAAAUUUGCAAAUGUACUGGUUGUGUUAUCAACUGGAAUAAGGGAAAGAAUGUCACGGUAAAGACCAUUAAAAAAAAACAGAAACACAAGAGCCGAGGAGUUAUUCGUACUGUCACUAAGACCGUACAGAAUGAUUCUUUCUUCAACUUCUUCAGCCCACCAGUUGUUCCUGAGACAGAAAAAGAAGAGGUUGACGAUGAGAUUCAUGCCAUCUUAACCACAGACUUUGAGAUUGGUCAUUAUAUUAGGGAAAGAAUCAUUCCUAGGGCUGUGUUAUAUUUCACAGGAGAAGGAAUUGAAGAUGAGGAAGACUUUGAGGAGGAAGAAGAAGAAGAUGAUGAGGAAGAAGAUUUCGAUACAGACGGUGGCAAAGAAUUGAAAGAUGGCGAAAAGGACCCAAAAUGCAAACAACAAUAAGACCAGUGUUAAUAUUUAGAAAAUUUGUUGGUAUUCCUUUUUAUUGCAUUUUAAAAUGUUGUCACAUGUCGAAAUAAUUUAUUCUUGAAUUGGUUUAUAAGAAACUAUUGCAAAGGCAUAUUUUGCAACUUACUCAAAAUACAUUUUGAUAAAUUAUUAAGUUUCAUGUUGGAAUCUCUUUCUCCCUUGAUAUUCGAGAUCACACUAUUUUUGUAGUUUUUCUAAAUUAUUUCUUGACAGUUCUGAGAAUAUAUUUCUUAACUGCUUA